GGCACGGAAGCUUAUGAUGUCAUGACGAUAUAUAAGCAGAACCUUGAAUCAAAUACAACCGUUACGUCACUUUUUAUUUUGGUCGAUUUUGUUUUCUAUAACCCAACUAAAUUGAGUAGCUACCUUUAUAAACAGACUUUCUUCAGGUUAGGUUACUUUUGACAUUGGCCGGGUUAUGGCGCGAACCGCGCGCAAGUAAAAUGCUAUUUGAUUGAAAAUAUUUCGUUAGUCAACAUUGAGACGCGGUGCGCGUUAGUAAAAGAAUUAAAUUGUGAAAACAAGUGAUAGUGUACAUACUAGUCUUAUAUUUAGAAGGAUUUAAUUAAUAAAAACCAAUAAUGGGCAAAGAAGAUAAGAAGGAAGACUCCGGCUUCGGGUUCAAGGACGCGGCGAAGGCGCAGGAGACGCUGCGCCUGCUGGAGCAGCACGAGCCCAACUACCGGCGGCUCACUGUGAGGGGGCUGCUGGGCAGGGCCAAGAGGGUUCUCUCCAUGACGAAAGCAGAAGAUAAAGUAAAGAACAUUAAGGAAGCGAUGGAAGUGUUCGAGAAGUGGCUGGCGGAGCUCGACGCCGGGAAGGAGAAGAGCCAGAAGAAACCAGCCAAGAAGCAGGAGAAGGAGAGCAGUGGGAGUGAGGACAGCUCCUCAUCAGACGUGACCAUGGAGGAUCCGAAGCCCAAGUCUCGGGAACCGGCCGCGCUGCCCUCCGACACAGUCCCGGGACUCGGCUUCAAGGACGCGGCGGCCGCGGAGGGCUCGCUCAGGGAGCUGCAGGGGAGGGACCCGGAGUACUCCAAGCUGGCCGUCAAGGGACUCAUCGGGAGGGCUAAGAGGGUGCUCACCUGCACUCGCGACGAGACCAAGCUGUCGAACAUCAAGUCUGCCAUCUCCAUAUUCGAGCAGUUCCUGGAUGAGUACGAGUCGCAACACCUGAGCAGGCAGAACAACCCCUACCUCAGCCUCGGCAUCGUCAGGACAGCUGAGAGACUGGCGGGAAAUGACGUCAGCGACCAGCAGAGAUCCUUCAUAGCCGCCUACGGUUCCGUCCGCGGGGAGUACAAACGUCUGCGGACGGUCCCGGAGAAGGAGGGCGGCAAGACCUGGGACAUCGUCAGGAAUACUGCCUUGAAGGACAUCAAGGAAAAGUAUGCAAACGCAAAACUCUUCACUGAAAAAGACGCGCCAACAUCAGAGCACUUACAAAUGUUGCUGUGGGCGUACUCACCCGAGCCCGCACGAACCAAGAAAUACGUGCCGGAAACACACGACGACAGACAGAGACGGAGCGAUAGCGGCCACGACAACGACGAAAAGAGAGGGCACGACGAAAAAAGGGAACAUGAGAGUGAGAGAAAGAGACAGAGGGAGAGUAGUGAGGAGAAACCGCGGGAGGGAAAGAGACGACGCGAUAGUAGCAGCAGUGACGAGUCUCCCGCCAAGAAGAGCAAAGAAUGAUUGUUGCAUUUACUUAAAUAAAUAUGUUAUUUAA